UUGGAUCUGUAUAGAGAUGACAAGUAUAUCGAGGGGAUUAUUUUGGUUAUGGGUUGUUUUUCGUUGAAGUUUAUUGUGUGUAAUCGAGAUGAUAGUUUGAGCUCUGAAGAGAAUAUGAUUGUGGUUCCAAAGUGGUAUUUUAUAAGCAUUUUGUUGAUGGGCUACUCUUGCUCAUCUCUACUGUUCUCUUUUCUUGUUUCUGAGUUGAGGAUUCGUUUCACAUUUCUUGUCAAAGUGAGGAAUAAGCUCUUGACUAUUUAUAUGCAUGGACUGGAAAACUUAAAUGACAAAAGUUUUUAUAUUCCUUUUGUUUUAAGUUUGCAGGAACCAGAACCCAUAGACUGGGAUUAUUACAGAAAAGGGAUUGGCUCUCGUUUAGUUGAUAUGUACAAGCGCUAUAUGACGGCACCCAUCACUGGACUUGAAACUCACUCUCAAGCGCCUGAAUGCGCUAGAAAGCUCGGGGUCUCGACUCCAGUGCUCUAUGCUGUCGACCCUUUGGUGCAUGCCUUGACGUUCGAGUUCGUCGAGGGUCCCGCCGUGAAAGAUGUUUUGCUCGAUUUCGGGUCAACAGGCAUUGUGGAGGAGAGUUUAAACGAUAUUGCUACUCAAAUUGGUGAUGCUAUUGCCAAAAUGCACGAUGGUGGCCUAAUCCAUGGUGAUUUGACUACCUCGAAUAUGUUAAUCCGCAAUGGUACCAAUCAGCUGGUGCUGAUUGAUUUUGGUCUGAGCUUCACGUCGACCCUUCCGGAAGAUAAAGCUGUCGAUCUAUAUGUUCUCGAACGAGCAUUGCUAUCUAUGCACUCUUCAUGUGGGAAUGUGAUGGAGAGAAUUCUUAAAGCUUAUAGAAAAUCAUCAAAACAAUGGUCCUCAACUUUGAAUAAGCUAGCACAAGAAAGAGCAAAUCAAGAUUCCUUUUUUUUUUUUUCUUCCCAUCGAUCAACAAUAUCAAUGGCGGACGCCCUGUACAACACCCACGUCAAGCUCCUGGCCUCCGAUUUCCUCGCGCUCACCCCAAAACCCACAGACCCAUCACCCUCCUCCAUCAACGGCAAAACCCUCUCGCGGGCAGAAACAGUCGGGUACGUCGUGACCCGCGAGCUCAAACCCGACAAAUUCCUACGGCGCAGCCCGCCAGGUGUUCGAUCUAUUGCCCGAAUGGCCUCGAAAUUCGCCGCCCAAGUUCAGGUGGGUGCUGUGGCCAGGGUACGGGGUAGAAUCACCGAAUUCAGGGGUUUUGUUCAGAUCACUGUUUCAGAUGUGGUCGUCGAGGUGGACCCCAAUGCCCAGGUUCUGCACUGGCUUGACUGUGUUAGGCUCGCCCGAAAAUGUUACGGUAAGGGUUGUGUUAAAGAAGUUAAGAUUCCCCAGUAUGUUGACAAUGUCACUCCUGAGUACAAACCUAAGUUCGAUGCCCUGGUGAGAUAA